CAGCCGGUAUUCUGAAUUUGAAUUUUUCUACUGAAUCAAAACAGAAAUAUGAUCUUGAUCUUGUCAAUUUUCUUCUGAAUCAAUCAGACUCAGUUUAUAUCCUCUGAACUGGUAAUCUUGGAGAUUUUCGUGAUUAGUUAGUCACCUGAUUGUGACACAUUUGUCAACUGUAGUGUCUGUAGAUUGUUUUCCUAGAAGUAGGGAUGUAAAUUUAAAUUUUUUUUUACUCAAGUUGUGCAAAAUCAUCUCAAAAUGAUUCAACAAACUGGAAUAUGUAAAAAUGAUGGGGAAUCUCAAAUACAGGUGGCAAUAGGAAUGAUACUCGAGGUAUUAGCAGAUAAAAAUCCUCUUGUCGCAGAAACAGCAUCAACUUCUCUGAGAAAAUUGGCAGAAAAUCAUCCCAAUCAUGUGCUCAACUCUUCCAAAAAUUUUUGUAAAAGAUCUUCCACCAUGAGUGACCAAAUCUCCCAGGUUUUAAAUAUAAUGCAGAGUAUUUGUACUGAGCAAAUAAUUGCUAUUGAUGGGGAUACUAUUCUUUCCAUAACUGAUUUUUGUCUUGAAAUGUUAACUAGAAAUAUAGUUGCAGAUUCUGUUCAAGAACCUGCUAGUAAUGUCCUUGUUGCUAUUGGAAGAAAACAUCAUAUACAGGUUUUAGAUAAAUUGAUGGUAAGAUUAGACACUGGGUCUAUGCCUCAUUACAUGAUACCUUAUACUUUAGGAUCCUUAGCCAAUGUUAAUGCAACUGGAGUUGUACCUUACCUUAGAGAUAUAUUCAAUAUUAUGAUACCUUUACUGAAUGGAUUAAGAAACGAGGUUCAAAGGCAAGCCUUUGCAUUUGCAUUUGGAAGUUUCAGUGAUGCUCUUGUAGAAUAUGUUGCUAAUAUAAACCAAGUACCAGAUAAUUCUAUCACUUGGGAGAAUUUUCAAAGUGAACUUGCAACAAUCUACGAGGUACUUACGACAAACUGGCUACAAUCAAGAGAUAAUAAGACGAUACAAAAUGUUCUCACAGCAAUAACCGCUAUAUUUCCACUUCUUGAUGUUGAUAAAGUAUCAGAACACACAGUGAAACAACUUCAAACCCUACUAAUUUUGUAUAAAAAGCAAGUUGACCCCUAUUUCACAACUAGAUGUCUUGAAUCUGUAAUUAAAAAAGCUACAACUGUUGAUGGAACUUUGGUAGAACCUUUAUUAGGUAACAUAAUGCAGAAUAUGAGCGAUCUUCUAUGUACUUCACCUGAUUAUGCUAGACCCGAAUUAUUGAAAACCCACUCAGAGGUUUUACGCUGCUAUGAAUGCUUAGCGAUGUAUUUUACUGACAAUGUGAUUGAUCAAUUGGUAGGUCAAUUGAAAAACAACAAUGAUAAGGAAAAAGUGAAAGGUCUCCUUAUUAUAACACAUUUAACAUCAUAUUCUAAUAAUCAACUGGUAGAGAGAAGAUUAAAAGAUAUAAUGAAACAUUUCAAUGAUGUUCUGUAUGAGUCUAACAUUAAGGUGAAAAAGGCACUACUGAAAAUCAUUGUAGCAUUUGCUUCCAAAGGCAUCCUCUUGAACAAAGAUAUAAAUCCUGAUGGCGCUGAAAAGUAUAUGGAGUUUAUUCUGAAGCUUUGUUGUUCACAUAACAUGCCAAAGAACAACGAUGUUGACUUACAAGAGUUGGAUGACCUUCAGAGAUCUGCCGACAACACUCUCUGUAUGCUCAGUACUUCCGUUGUCGAAUUGGAAGAGACGUUAUGGAACCUUUUGAUGAAAUCUUUUCUUGGUCCCAACUAUGACGAUGCCAUUGUAGUAAUCUUGAGAUGUCUCACACAUUUGGCCGCUAGAAAAGAAUCACCGCCCAACUGUGAAGGUGCUUUCGUCAGAUGUAUGGUUUUGUUGGCCAUUCCUUUACCAGGAUUUAGGGGCACAUUCAUCUUGAAUUUCUUCAAACGAAUAAGUCCAUGUAAAUUGAAUAACCAUGAAACUGUUUGGGAUGUGAAAAUUCCACAGCUGAUGAAGUACCUGGAGCAAAACUAUGAUAAUUUCAACGAUAACGAAUGGCAAGACCUGGUUUUUGAUUUCUUCAAUUUAUUAUUGGAUUCAAUCAAAGACGAGAAAUGUUUCCAAAGUCUUCUGAAUACUGCUAGAGAUCAGCUGUUGUUGUACAAUUUGGGGUUGAUGGGAGCCGACCAACCGGUUAAAAUCGUAGAGAAACAUUUCCUACUCAAAUGCAUAGCACUUUUACUAUGCCAUAUAAAAGAUAAAGAUCUAGUUCUCCAAAGUUUGGAUAAAAUUUUGGAAAACGUUAAAUUGACAGAUUAUUCUGAGCUCCAUGCAUGUGCGGAAGCCAUUGGAAUUAUUUCCAAGAAUCACCUUCAGCUCGUCUUAGAUAAAAUAUCCAUAAUAAGGAAGGAUCUUACGAACAAGAAAUUGAAGAUAUUCCAGUUACCAUUCAUGAAAGAUAAAAACCAGGAUUUGGGGAGAGAAAGACUGCGUUACACAAUUAUAUGCAGUUAUGCAGAAGUUUGUAAUGAAGCACCUUCAGAAAAACUAUUGAAAAUAAUUGAAUCUGAGAUAUUAGACUUUGUCGUGACUGAAUUAGCGAAUUGUAAAGAUUUUCCCAUUCGUAAGGCCUGUAUUAAGACAAUUGGUAGCGUUGCAGACGCAAUGCAUCCAAAUCGUAACACUUUACACAUACAUAUGAAAUCUAAACAAGCAAUUUUGAAAGUGGUCUCGUCUGAAAUUCACUUACAUAACGGCUCCGAAUACAUUGAGUUGUUCCCUAUUAUUUUACCUGUAAUAACUUCGCUGGUACAGCUACCGCCUACCUUAGAAUCUGAAGAGAGGAUAAGACUUUUGAAAUUAUGCUUCGAUAGUGUUUAUAAUGCUUCUUCCAUAUACUGCAAAAUAAACGAAGAGGAUCCCGAACACUACUACGGCUCACUGAAAUUAGUUCCUUAUGUGACAUCUAGUUUUACGAAAUUGAAUCAGUUGGUGCAGGAGUUACUUAUGCUGAAUUUAUCUCCGGAAACUUUAGAUGAGAUUGUGACACUUUUGGAACAUUGGCUGAGUAAAAAGAAGGCUGAGCAGAGACUUCCCGCUUGCGAAACACUAAGAAUUGCUCUACAAACGUACUUGGAUAAUAUGAAAUUUGCUUAUGAUUGCCCUCAUAAUUUCGCGCAGACUGGUUUGUUGCUGUCGAGAAUUGUUCCUAGAUGCACCGAUUCUGUUACUAAUAUCCGUAAGGUGGCUGUUGAGAAUCUAUGCCUCAUCCUAUGCAUUGCUUCCCGCUACGAAGGGCAUAUGCGAGAUCACGAUAAAAUAUUGAGCAACUCUAUGCAGUACAUACAACAACAAAUUGACCAACGUGAUCCAAAACUGUUGUACAAUCUCACAACCGAUUUGUCCAAUAUAUUAUGCACGAACAUUCCUCCUUUUCAAUUAAUCCAUUUCGUGGAUGGCUUAAUCGAUGCUCUUAUUGAUUGUGAAUCGUCCAGCUCGAAUGGAAGUGGAAUUAUUUUGAACCUGACUUUGAAAUCUAAAGGGAUGGAAUUGCAGAAUCAUAUAACUUCUAUAGUGCAGAAAAUUUUGUCCCAGAUGAAAAACAUCAAGUGCGUUUCUACCAGAACGUCUGCUCUUAGGGCGGUACAGAGCGCAGCUUCCCACCAUUCGAAGACUGUUAGUUCUGUCUUACUUCAGCAACCCCUGCCAUUUGAACAGUCUAUUUGUGAGUGUUGGACGAUGAUAUCUACCGAUCACACUUUGACCCAGAAUUUAUUAGAUCAGUUCAAGAAAAUCAUGAAAAAUACACCUCUUUACGAGGAACAUGGCAAAAUGGACAUGAAGAUAGCAAAUUUGCCUCCUCUCCAGGUUAUAUGUGCCCUCCAUGAAAUAUUUAAGAAUACCCAAUUGAAAGAAAUUUGCAUUCAGCAAUUUCCAGAGCUGUUCAGUAUUCUACUUAUCACAUUAGCAUCCUAUAUUGGUACAUCGGCUCCAGCGCUGAAAGAAGCAACAGAUAAAAAAGAAAAAUACUUUGUCAUCAACAGGGAAGCUUAUAAGAUGAGCCCAGCGAAAAUUGCACUGGAAACAUUCCAGUUGUUUUUGAUGUGUUGCGAUUAUAAGCAGAUGGCAAAUAAUCUUUUGAGUUUUUCCCAGGCAGAAACCAGUGAGAAAUUUUCAUGGUUCUUGGAUAUUAUCUCCAUGUUGGUCGAGAAUAUUUGUCAAGAUAAUCCUCAAUAUAUAACCUGGUUAGUUGCAUCCCUAGGUCCUUACAUUAGAGCGGAAUUGGAACCUCAAAGGGUUGCAGUCGUUGCUUUUUUCACUUAUUUAUUCCGACAGAAAGUGAAUGAUCAAGCUAUGUUGGCCGAGAAUUUACUUGAGAUGAUAAUGGAUGUUCAGAUGGACCAAAGUUGCUUGGUUAAACAAAUUGGUUUGCAAGGAUUAGGCUAUGCCAUUGAAUUUUUGAAGCCUGAAUUGAUCAGUAGACAUUGUAAACCCAUUUUGAGUGUGUUAAUGAGCAGUUUAGACUAUAACAAUGUGGGCUCUGAAGGUGCUCUCAUUCUUGAGGGGCUCCAUAGUUUCUCUAAAUUAUUGACAACAUUGGAAGGGCAUAAAUUCAGUUCUUGUCAAGUUACUGCAGCAGUUAGAAUAAAGCCACUGCUGGGCCAGGAGGAUGUGCAGUUGAGAAGAGCAUCAUUUCGCCUCUUGGGCGAUUUGACCAGAUCCAUUAACUCUGAUUCGAACAUUGAAGCUUUUAGGGAACAAAUUCAUGGAAAUCUUAUUACCUUAUUGUUGCAUUUAUGUGACCCAGAUCAGUAUGUUGUCAAGGCAUGCAAAUACACUUUGAGGCAGAUAGGUUCAUAUUUGGAAGGUCCAAACACAAACGCAAUGAUUCAGGAGCACUUGAUCGAUGAUGCUAAUUUGAAUUAUUACAAUUUCAUAAGAGAUUUGAUUAAAGUGAUGUCAGAGGAACUUCAAGAAUUUUUCCCACUUUUGGUGAUGACCAGCUUAUCUUAUUUCAAGAGUCCGUGGGUUGAUAUAAGAGGAAAUGCAGCUUUGGUAGCAGGAUUGCUGUAUUCAGCACUUGAUGAGGAGAACAAAAGUAAAGUCUCAAUAGAUACAGUGUCAUUCAGAUUGAUGAAUUUAGUGUCCGAUGAAAAUGAGCAAGUAAGAAUUAAGGCAGUUCAGGCCAUAGUAUAUUUAUUUUCUAAAUAAGUUGUCUCUAUUUUACAAUAAUUGCCAGUAUCUUAGAUAUUGUUAUUUCAUUAUUUUAUUCAAUUUUAUCGUUAUUUUAUCAUUGUUGUUUUGUAGUGAAGUCAAUUCAAUGAUGCAGAAAUUUAGAGUUUUGUUGGGUCAUAUAUUUUUAAAGCCUAAUUUUUAAUAUAAUCAAGUCGACAUGGUUAUUUCAAGAUUAUUGUCCUGUGUUUUAUUUUACAAUAGCUACCCUAAUUUGAAAGAAAAAUCUUGUGCUUGGGUAUUAGACCCUAGUUCUUCAGAUAACACCUUGUUUUUGAUGUUGAAUAUUUACCACAAUUUAAUUUUGAUAUCAUUUUUGAUUUUAGUCAUGUUUUAUAUAUACGUUUCACUUUUUUUUCAUGAAGCGGAAGUUAAAAUUAAAUGAUAUAUGAAAGGAAGAUUUCUGCUACAUUAUUAGGUCAAAUGAACAUUUUUCGAUUUCUGCAUUUGUUUGAAUUUUAUCGUUAUUGGUUUUUUAUUUAUUCAUGUUUAUUUUAUAUUUGUUACAAGUCUAAAUUGAAUAGUGUAGGAAAAACUGUUGAAAAAAUAUUGUUUGGAAAAAUAUUGAAUUUUUAAAAUCAUUCCGCAUAUUGUGAUAAACUUCCUCUAAAAAGUCUAAGUUCGGAAAUGUUAUGAAUGUAAAUGAAUUUAUUUGUUAAAAAUCUAUGAUAUUUUUGAGGUACUUACGUAGAAUUUCCCAGGAGUUUGAUUUUUUCCUGCUUUUAUUCAAAAUAAAUUUCGAAAAAAUGAUUAUUUUCAUAUCAGCCAAUUUAAAAUUUUCCUCCUCCUGUUAUUUUUUUGUCAUUAAAGCAAUUUUAGUUGAAAAAAACUGAAAUAUUAUUCGCCUACCUAUUUUAACUGUUUAGAGGUUCCUUUAUGGAAGAAAAAAUAUGUACAAUGUGAUACCUUCUACCAAGUUGAGUGGUUAUAUAAUGAUUAGUCUUAUAUUUUUAUUUGUCUUUCAUCGAGUAUAAUCCACUCCUGAAUGAUAUAAUCGGGAAAUAUUAUAUUAUUUAUACCAGUAAAAGUAAAUAUACAUUAUAUUUCUACAAUUGUUUGUCUUAUAAUUAAAUGAUAUCCAAUAAUGGAAAUAAAUAUACAUGCAGAAAACUUC